AUGCUUGAAGCAGCUAGUAGUACCGAAGUAGCCAGCAAUAAGCAACGUGCUGAUACGGUUGAUCUUAAUGAAAAUGAUCUUCAAAUUGAUAUUUCGGAUGCCUUAAGUGAAAAAGAAAAAGUUAAAUUUACUGUUCAUACAAAAACUAAAUUACCAGCAUUUCAAGAAUCAGAAUUUAAUGUUUCACGUCAACAUGAAGAAUUUAUUUGGUUACAUGAUCGUUUUAAUGAAAAUGAAGAAUAUGCAGGUUUAAUUAUUCCACCAGUUCCACCACGGCCUGAUUUUGAUGCGUCUCGUGCUAAAUUACAAAAGUUAAGUGAUAGUGAAAGUGUUCUUACAAAAGAAGAAUAUGAUAAAAUGAAACAAGAACUUGAAGCGUAA